UCGAAGCAUCAAUGGUCAAUUAUCAACUGUCAAUUAUCAACCAUCACAGCCUGAUUCUUUGCUGAAUUGCCUAUAUAUAUAUAUACCCUUAGCAUUACAAUUGCCAUUAUAUAUGCCUCUUCAUAUAACCUAUAAUAAAUAAUUUAUAACAGCCCAUCAUUAUCAUUUAUCAUCAUCUAUUGUCCAUCUUGUGAAUUAUCUUGUUACUUAUUUUGUUAAUUAUUUUGUUAAUUAUCUUACUAAAUGGAUGAUAACCAGUUAUACCAUACAUACUCAAGAAACUGCAAUGAUCCAAUAAUUGAAACCUCUUUAUCAAGAUCAAAUUCCUUCAAUAACAUCCGCCACAUCAAUAGUAUCAACAAUUUACACAAUUAUAGCAAUCACAAUACCAACUAUAUUAAUAACUAUACUAACAUAUCUUCAAAUGACAACGAAACUGAUUUAGAUCCUGACCAUAACCAUAGCCACAACCAUCUCGAUAUCAACCAAAAUGACAACCAAGAAGAAGACGACGACGACGACGACGACGACGACGAUGACGAUGACGAUGACGAAGAAGAAGAAGAAGACGACGAUGAUAACCAAAUUAUUGAAAUCUCAAAAAAAUCGUCUAAUAACUUCAAGACCUUGAAAAAAUUUGGUUUGAAAUUAUUAAAUGCAAAACAGCAUUUAGCUUUAGCUUUAUGUAGAGAUUUAUCUUUGUUAAUUUGUUUUAAAAACAUGUUGAAAUGUUUUAAGUUAGCUUAUUUAACUUAUUAUAAUGUAAAUAAUAAUCAUCUUGAAAACCUCCCUUUUUCUCAGUACAAUGAAAAUCUAUUAAACAUAUCAAUCAUAACAAGCACAAGAGCUUCAGAAUCAAUUUUAACAUCAAUUUGGUGUCUUGUAUCAACUUACCUUAUUUACUCAAUCUUAGAUGGUUUAAUGACAAGAUGGAUAGUCUUUUAUUCGGUCCAAGCAACUAUCAUCAGAAUGUUGUCAAUGUCUUUUUUACUAAUCACUAUCAUCAACUCUGUAAUAUUCCUCUUCACUCCAUCCUUAUCAAAUGAUAACAUCAACCACAACAUUGAUCCAAGCACAAGUUUACACACUUGGAUUAUCAUAAGCUGUAUCUUGACUCUAAUUUACAUCAUACAAAAUUUCUUUGUUAGCGAUUUGGACCAAAUCGACACCUCUCAAUCAAUAUCUCUUCCUCACAAAACAAGAUCAAGGGCGAAUAGCACAAGUCUAAACCAUAUCCACCACAAUCAAAGCAACAGUGGUUCUAACAACAAUGGCUCCAUCGCCUCAAGUGGCCUUGAUAUUCUCAACAACUCAAACAAUUCUGCCAGCAUUUUAAACAUUACCAGAAAAAACAGCUCUGUCAAUAUCAAUGCCAAUCACUUGAAAAGACACAGUGAGUCAUCUGCUUCCAUAGCUCUCCAUCUCAAUGCCAAAAAAAAGAAGAAAUCAAGGUACUUCAAUCACUAUAACAUCAUAAUCUUUGCUGUUGUGCCAGUAGGGGUUGCGUCUUUUAUAACAAUGAUAGGUUUAUAUAGAAACUUGGUGAUACUCAAACUAGACAUCGAGCAGCGAAACUAUCUAUUCCACACCAUCAACAGUGCAAGCAAUAGCAUAGAAAUAUAGCCACUUGCCCUUUUAUCACCUCCCUUCUCUUGAAUAAACUAAUUCCUAAUGACUAAUAGCCAACAGCUCGCCUAAUAAACAUCACUGUUCUUAUCUAGUCACCAUUA